AUGUGGAGCACGAAGAUUUUGCAAGAUGGGCUGUCCCUCGGGCGCUCGAUCGACAGGAAAGACGGGAGUUCGAGCGACGACGACGGCAGGACGAGCUUCGAGAACACGGUCGACAUUAUGCGAGAGAUCUUGCUGGACAUAUACGGGAGCAAGCUGCCUGGCGAACACAUCGAGAUGAACAGCGCUUCCGUGCGGACAGCCCACAUCGACGCGGCGCCAUCGAUCAUGGCCGACCUGAAUCUCACCACCAUGAGUACGAAGCGUCGAGGACAAGACCGGCUCUUCGACAACGCUACGCGAAUAGAAGGGAAUCGGAAAAUGAUAUUCGCAUGGGUGUCCGACUGCUGA